AUUUCGGGCUGGCUUUGGCACAUUUGACAUGACCGGCGCGCGGGAAGCUCGUCGGCGUACAGAUGACGGCCAGACUGACCGUAUCUUCUCAGGAUUUCAUGCACAAUGACGUGAUUUCUGAUGCAAGCAGCGAGCUUCCACGUACCGGGUACCGCAUGAAGUGAAAGCCUCACUCCCUUCUUUCUAGCUCUGAUCUCACCCGUCCUUAAUUGGAAUUUCAAUCACCAAGUGCUCGUGAGGUGCCCGCGCUUGUCCAGAGAUGGCUUCGUCCAACGACAUCGUAGAUGAUUUUGAGAACUCUUUUCAGGCAUGUCUGGCUGCAGUCACAAAUCCAGAUUACUUCUAUGUUCGUGACUUGGAAGACGUACACACAGGAGUUGGGCAGACUAUACAGCGGUUCCUGGAUGUAGCUAAGCAGAUGGAGAGUUUCUUCAUUCAGAAAAGGCUGGUACUGUCUGCUCAGAAGUCAGAACAAAUGGUCAUGGAUGAUAACACAGAGCUGAAGAAUGAGCUGGCCCGCAAAGAACAGUUGCUACAGAAGUACAAUGAGCAGAUUCACUACUGGCAAAACCUUCUGAAUGAGACAGCGAAUGCAACUGGACAGCAGCCGCAGCCACAACCAUCUCCAAGAGGCGGCACACAGCAAGGCAUGCCUACACAAAACCAGCAGUCUAUGCCAAUGGGUGGUGCAGCACAAGGCCUGCCAGGUCCACUGGCCUACAUGGAGCGGGCCACAUACAACAACGACAUGCCAGAUCCCAGGCAAUGAAGACUGUGGAGGCACACCAAAGAGACUGCUUACGCAUGAUCUUUCAAAAACCAUAAGAAAGUGCUGUGCGGGGGAUGUGCAGCUAGCUGCGGUAUGCAGUGGUCAGAAGGGCCUCAGUGUGCUUAGACAGGCUCAUUUGUUGUGAUAAACAUUGUGCGCGUGCCGACAUCUCCGAACCACUUUACUUGUGGCAUAAAGAUUUGGCCCUCACA